AGAAACCAGGCAGUAGAGGUGAGCUUGAUCUAUGCACCGUUGUGACACGGCACCACAACAAUACGCUCCAAAACUGAAAAAGAGACCACGCUUCAUAGACUAUCGUCAUCUUUAGUACACCCUUUGUACACUUACAUCAUUAUUUUAUUGCUCACAAAUUAGCGGGUAAAUAAAUGAAUCAAUAUCGUCACACAACGGAGGUCAGCCUUGAGACAGUGUGGGUAGACUGGCCAGUAACUGGGUUAAACAAUAUAUAUAUGCAAUAUAUAUGUAUGCAGCCAGGCUCCAAGUAUGUACUACAAUAACACAACUUUAUAAAAAUAAAUGUGUUUUGGGUAUUCAGCUUUAAAGUACAAAGGACCGUUAACCGUUUGAGGUUGUACCGGGGGCCACAGUUCAGAUUUUCAACCUCCCAGUCCGGAAACGUCAACACGUCAAUACGUCAAUGCGUCAACACGUCAAUGCGUCAACACGUCGAUCUCAUCUCGAUGUUAUUUGCACAACAGUCGAUAUAUGUGCUAGGUGACAAAACUUACAUUUUCAACAGUUAUCAUAUUAUUUGAGGAAUGAAUCAGAAAGAAAUCUCGUUCUUAAAAUAUGUAUUUUCGUUCAAAUGUAGUACAACCCCCCAUGCGGACGAGUUGAAUGGUUCCGUCCAACUGGAACCGUCUAUUUUUUUUUUAAGCUUUGUUUGUUUUUCUAACUAAUCAUGCUUGUUUUAUUUACUUAAUACAAUAAUACUGAUGCAUUGAAAUUAUCCUUUUUUUAAAAAAGGGUCUAUUGUAGAGAUAUAGGCGUUUAUAAGAUUCUGUGUCUGGUUGUAAACAGGACACCCCUAGUUUUAUUUUGGCACUACUCCUCUCCUGCCACUUCCUUGUUCAAAAGUUUUAUUAAGGGGAAGGCUUGGGGAAAAGUUGAGCACCGGUUUGGAUGUUUCGACGUUUGUGUUGACUUAUUUUAUGGGCACAGGAAAUGUUCAUCAUACAUUUGGGCACACAUGGCGUGUAAGUAUCGCAGUUUAGUCCUAUGGCUGUAGUAAUCAGAGGCAGGCUAACCUUGCACUGAGCGGCUCCACAAAGAGGAAGAUGUCCACGGCUAACGUUAGCGAAGACAUCCGAGUGAAGUUCCCUCUGCACUCCGCAGUGUGGGAGAAUGAUUACAGGAGACUGGAGCAACAAAUAACGUUACCACAGAGUGACGUAGAGGCUGUUGACCCCAGAGGUCGCACUCCUCUGCACCUGGCUGUGUCGCUUGGGCACCUGGAGUCAGUGAGGGUCCUACUUAGACAUGGUGCUCAAGUGACCACAGAAAACUUCAACAAUUGGACAGUUCUGCAGGAAGCAGUCAGCACAGGAGAUCCAGAGAUGGUUCAGUUGGUGCUUCAACGCAGAGACUACCUCAAAGCCUCCACUGCUCUGGGAGGAGUGCCUGAGCUGCUGGCAAAGAUCCGAGAGUCUCCAGACUUCUACAUGGAAAUGAAGUGGGAGUUCACCAGUUGGAUCCCUCUUCUGUCCCGGGUUUGUCCAAGUGAUGUUUGUCGCAUUUGGAAAAGUGGCGCCAGCCUGCGAGUGGAUGCCACUCUCCUUGGCUUUGAAAACAUGACAUGGAUCAGAGGGCGUAGAAGCUACAUAUUCAGAGGGGAUGAUUCCUAUGCAGAGUUGAUGGAGGUAAACCAUGACGAUGAAGUAGUGGACACCGAACGCUUCAACAUAUCCCAAGAAAUGGAGGAUGUCACUCUGGAAUCUAUGCAGCCAGCUGAACAGGAAGUUGCCAAAAGGUUGACUACUCCUAUUGUCAACACCUACCUGGACACCAAGGAUAUCGCUUUUGAGAGAAACAAGGCUGGGAUUUGGGGCUGGAGGUCCGAUAAAACCGAAAUGGUCAACGGAUUUGAAGCAAAGGUGUUUAGUGUGAACAAUGUUAAUGUGGUAAUCAGGACAAGGACAGAGCAUCUCACCGAUGAGGAGAAAGCCAGGAUAAAAAGUGAAAGGAACAUUUUAGAGUCUCUGCUGGGGACGGUGGAGCAGCACAUAAGUGCACAAGGGGACCUGACUCUUGAGUUCGCAACUGCCACCAACCCCACUGCCAUCACUCCAGAUGAGUACUUUGAUCCUGACUUUGACCUGGGGACCAGAGACAUCGGGCGACCCAUUGAACUCAGCAUUCGAACACAGAAGUUCAAAGGUACAUUGUGGAUGAGUGAAGAACACCCUCUCUCUCUCGUGGAGCAGGUGACCCCCAUCAUUGACCUAAUGGCUCGCACCAGUUCCCAUUUUGCGCGGCUACGAGACUUUGUGACACUGAAUUUUCCUCCUGGGUUUCCUGUGAAAAUAGAGAUCCCACUGUUUCAUGUGCUAAAUGCCAGGAUCACAUUCGGUAACGUCAACAAAUGCAGUACUGAAGAGGAGGCGAACCCGACGCCUGCGGCCACACCAACAUCUUCAGGAGAAGAAGAGGAAGCUGCUGUCCUGCCUCUGUUUCAAGUGUGUCCUUCAGUGUUCGAGGUGCCUGCCAAUUACCUUCGCCGGGGAGGCACCCGACACGCACCUGUUUCCAACAACGAUGAGGAGCUUUUGCAGUAUGCAAUCCAUCAGAGUCUCCUAGAGUCUCAUAAUAUUCCAAGCCAGGAGAGGAUGUUUGAUGACGCUGAUGGGGAAUUCUCUGAUAUAAUGCCAAGCAGUCAGAGUGACAGGAGUGUCCCAGAGGGGGUGCUAGUGGAAUAUGGAGACACCUCCAGCCCUGCCAGCUCCCUGUCUGCAUCCAGUCCUGACUCAGAACUCCGCCUGGCCAUGGAGCUCUCGCAGAGAGCUCAGAUGGAAGAGGAGAAGAUGAGGAAGCAGGAGGAAGAGGAGCUGGAAAGAAUACUGCAGCUUUCGCUCACUGAGAAGUAAUGGGAAUAAGAGGGAAUAAUAAUACAACUUUGUCCAGAUGCAGACGCAACCACCACACCUCAAUUUUCCUUCCUAACCACUUAAGUCAUCUAUGCAAACGCAGAUUUCUUUCUGUAACAAACCAUUCUUGCAAUAUCAAACUCUCGGUAACCAAGAUUUUCCAAAAGGUAUUUUUGGUAAGAGCAUACUCCUUUAUAUAUUUCUAUCUCAGUAUACUGUGUGUCUCCAUCCUCAAGCUUAAUUCUUGGACUCUGUUGCAUAAUUUUGGGGCGUUUCUUCUUUCAAACAAUUUCUUUCUUUUAUUUUCGAAAACAGAAUCACAGCAGCAACCCAUUUUCACAUCCUGUCCGGAAAGGGGGGUCAAAUCAGUGUAUAAAGGUUUUAUGAGCAAAAAUGUUUGACUUUAAAGAUGACUUCAUAUAGUGCCAGCACUCACCUCAGCUCCAGAGCUCUGUAUGUUGUUAUUUUCUUGGUACCUGUCGCCUCAGUCUCUCAUAUUUCGAGAGCUGGAACAUAAACAACCUUGCAUAAUAAUAGAUAGCAUAAUAGAAAGCUCCUAGUACUGUGGGCCCAACGGUGUUUCCAUGGUGAAGUCUUUCCUACAGUCACUUUGUUGUGAACCAUGAGCACACGGAAUCACAGAAUUCUCAGGGUUCAUAUUUUACACAUUGUCCCUUCACUUCGGAAUUCAUUUGUUAAUCAUUUAUAAAGCCAUCAGAAAUUGUAGCCUGAUAAAUGUCUCUAUGGAGAGACUCAUGCAUAUCACUCUUUGCUAUAUUGACAAUAAAUUCAAAAGUUAAGUUCAUUGAGUAAAACGUUCCUGUGGGAAUCCUUGUGCUGGUGAAUGUACUCUCUGCAGAUGGGAAAAGCAAGUAGGUUAUUAUGAGGGAAAAUGUAAAUCGGCUGCAUGGAAUUGUUAGAGCUUUGCUGCAGUGAGGAUGUUACUGAAUAUUUCACCAAGGGAAAAAAAGGACCUAUUUUUAUUAAAGCAACCUUGUAUAUUAUCGCCUCAGUUCAGAAAUGCAACAGCAGAGACUAGACUCUGGAUUUUCAGCAGUUUUGUUAAGAAGUCACAAAAGCGGUGCUGCAGAGAUUACCUAGAUUCCUAAAAGCAAUGUGUUAGCCUUUUGUAGCCAUGAACAACUCCACACCUCCAAGCAGAAGAGGACAAGACAAAGCAUGCUCGCCAUUUGAAGGAUAUGUUUCUUCAGCAUGUGCCAAGGGAAAAGCUUUGUCUUGGCAAGAGGUGGGGACAAUUUUCUGUGGUGCCACUCAAACUUAAUUUCUAAAUAUUUUUUUUAAGGUAGUUCAAAAACAAGCUAAAAGGCUUCAGUUGUACCCGUGUGACACUGAGUUACAUGCAUAACCACUAAAGCUGAUUUCAGUGAUCAUCAACCACCUAUUAGAAGUCUCUCUGGGAUGCUGCAUCUGUCUAUCUGGAGCUUCAGCUUAAAACAAAGCCAAUGACUGAACAGUUGACUUUAAAGAGGCUAGCUUUGGUUCAUUUUAUGCAGACCUUUGUACUGCACCGCUCCAGCUGCAAAGAUUUUUUUUAAGUUUAAAUUCUAAGAAAAUGUGUUUGUUUUUAAAUGUUGUGACUAAAAUAAAAGCACUUUAUUUCCAUGAGGACUAAA